AAAAUGGAUGGAUAGUUUAGUCAUUUUUCCUUCACUAGUAGCUUCACAUUUAAUAAUCCACAUUUCUCAGUAGUUACACAUGUGAAAAACAGAAACAACUUGAAUCUGACAAACGUAAUAAUGAAUUCAAUUUCUUUUCAAACGUCAUUCAACGUUUUAAAAAUAACCUCACCAAACAGGACAAACGGUUCAGCCGGUUCUCCUCCGCUCCACAUGCCAGUUAGGAACCUUUUCCAGAUGUUUCAGCUCCUUCCAAAGAUGCUCAAUAGGAUUCGGGUCAGAGGUCAGAGGUCUUCUCUGAUCUUCACUGAUCUUUAACACUGAAUCAGCGCCUCUGUUUUUCAGCGGAGGCUCCACCGUCUUUUAUGUCUUUCACUGUUUAGGACUCUUUCAGCUGCAUGCUCUCUUUGGAGAAGGAAUCCAUUUGUUUCUCCAUUUCUGUUAUUUUCUUCUUAGUCUUUGAGCUCCUCCGACUGGAGCUGAACCGACUUAGCAAUAGCGGCUAACAUAGCACCGUGCUGCUUCAUUUGUAAGACAAUUUCUUCCAUGCAGUCGUCUACGUCCUUCUGACUUCAUUUGCUAGCCCUAGCUGCCUCCACUGACAGUGAAGUCACUCCCGGAGCUUUUAGGAUGCAGAAUUUUGACCGCAGGUGGCGUAAACCUCUGACCUGUGAGUCCUGAUAUCUCCCAUGAUGCUCCUCUGCAGCAUGGCGGUCCAGCUGUGGUGCCUGUCGUUCCGUCAGCCAUACGCCGGUUUGGUUCUGGACGGGGUGAAGACCGUGGAGAGCCGCUGGCGCCCCCUGCUGGCGCCGCUGGAGAACCUCACCCUGGCGAUCCACAUCGCCCGGCGGGACUGGGAGGGGGAGGAGUGGAGGGCGGUGUUGGGCGGAGCCUGGGGGCUGAGCGCCGCCGGCGUCCAGGAGCUGCUGGAGUCUGGGGACCGCUUCGGCCGCGGCGUGGUGGCAGGCCUGGUGGAUGUGGGCAGGACCUGGCAGUGCCCCGCCUCUCUGCCAGAGGCGGAGCUAGCGGAGCUGCAGCGGUCGGCCGUUCUGAUUGGUCUAGAGCAGAAGCACCUGACCUGGCUGUCCAAUCCUCGCUGGCUGAAGGGGCCCCUGAAGGCCCCAGGUGGUCGUGACCUCUGGACUGUGGAGAUUCCCGCUGAGCUGUUGCCAUGACAACGCUGGCAGUAACAAGGAAGUAACAUUGGGGUCACCACUGGUCUCCAUGGCAACAGAAAUCUGCUGACACCCUGCUUCCUGUGUAAGCUCCUCCCCCUGGCCAGACGGACGGGUGCUGGUCUGGUCCAAUGUCAGCUUCCAUCAUGUUUGUAAAUAUUUUGUGUUCAUUUUUGUAAUCAAUAAAUUUCUACUGGUUGAAAAUA